AUGUUUCCGGUAGCUUCAGGGAGAUGUGUAUCGGAAAUCGGUAGAUACAUACCUACCACAUCUUCUCUCAGUGCACCUCUCCUUGAAUCAUUGAAUUCCUCUAAAUUGAAUAUCGCGCGUUCUCAGGGAGUUGCCCGUUACGAACGGCUUCAUCUCAAAUGGGGCGCGUUGCGUCGUGUGGUGCGUUGCGUUCAUAGUGGCCUGCGGCUUCAGAAAAGAUUGGCCGCGGAUGUACUGAAAUGUGGUAAGAAAAAGGUAUGGUUGGAUCCAAAUGAAAUCAAUGAAAUUUCCAACGCCAAUUCGCGGCAGAAUAUCAGACGGCUUGUCAAGGAUGGUUUAAUAAUUCGUAAGCCAAUCGCAGUUCAUUCACGAUAUCGCGCUCGUAAAAACUUGGAAGCUCGCAGAAAGGGUCGUCACAUGGGUUAUGGAAAGAGGCGUGGUACGCGGAAUGCACGCAUGCCGGAAAAGAUCUUGUGGAUCCGUCGAAUGCGCGUUCUUCGUCAUCUUCUGAAGCGUUACCGUGAAGCGAAGAAGAUCGACAAACAUCUGUACCAUGACCUUUAUCUUCGAGCUAAAGGUAAUGCAUUCAAAAAUAAACGCAAUUUAAUGGAAUUCAUUUUCAAGAGGAAAACUGAGAAUACACGUUCCAAACAAUUGGCGGAACAAGCAGAAGCACGUCGUGCGAAAAAUAAGGAGUCGAGAAAACGACGUGAGCAACGUUUAGUAAUGAAGAGAGCAGAAGCUUUACGUAAAAUCUCAGAGAAUGAAAAAGAGACAGCUGCUAGCAAGGAAACAAAGGAGUCGAAAGCAACCGAGAAGUGA